UUCCGGGUCGCCGUCUCUCAGAUCUCAUUACAUAUAGCAGAGCUCACGGUCGACAGUGUAGGUCUAGCAGUUGACAGAUGAGGAUCUAGACAGCGGCUGAGCAUGUAUCUCAAGGAAUAUCGGAUAUGUAUGCCGCUAUCAGUGGAAGAGUAUCGUAUUGGCCAGCUGUACAUGAUCACCAAGCACUGCCAUGAGCAGAGUGAGAAGGGGGAGGGGGUUGAGGUCAUCAAGAACGAGGCGUGCGAGCACCCGGAGCACGGACAUGGUCAGUACACCGAGAAACGAAUACACCUGUCCAGUCGACUGCCUGGCUGGGUACAAUCAAUUAUUCCAAGAAUCUUUUAUAUAACAGAAAAAGCAUGGAACUUUUAUCCAUUCACCAUAACAGAAUACACAUGUUCAUUCAUUCCCAAGUUUUCCAUCUAUAUCGAGACCUGUUAUGAAGACAAUAAUGGCUCAGCAGAAAAUUGUGUGAACCUGUCGGAGGAGGAUCUGAGUGUGAGGGAGGUGGACCACGUGGACAUUGUGUUUGAUGAGCUGCCUCAGAAGCAUUGCAAGGAGGAAGAGGAUCUGAAAACUUUCCAGUCAAAGAAGACCAGUCGUGGUCCCAUGUCAGAAGGCUGGAGGGACUCGACUACACCCAUCAUGUGCUCAUAUAAAGCUGUCAAAGUCAAAUUUGAAGUUUGGGGCCUACAGACCAAAGUGGAAUCAUUUGCACAUAAAUCUGUCCGUGAUAUUCUCCUCCUGGGCCACAAGCAGGCGUUUGCCUGGAUAGAUGAAUGGCAUGGAAUGACAAUAGAUGACAUCCGUGAAUAUGAGAACUUAAAACAGAAAGAAACCAAUGAUAAAGUUGUAGCAGGACUACAAAGACAGACCUCUAGAGGUUCUCGCAGCUCCAGUACAGACUGACCCUGUGAGGAGCACAAGGGAGAUCACUCUAAGGACACCAUCAUCUCUUGGUUAUCAGUGGAUGAUAAGGGUUUGCUCAGUCAUAGACAUCCAGGCAGAGUAGAGAAGAAAUGUAUCGAACAAGAGUAUGAGUUGAUGGAAAUUGUUCAAAGGACUUUUGUUGACGUGGUGUCCAUUUUGUGGUGACAUGCUGCCUCUGUUAGUCUAGCUAGUCCAUUCAGGAUUAGUGGAAUGAAAGUCAUGUGUAGACAACUCAAGAUUUGGAGCCACACAGUUCACACGCGUACAAACAAAGCCAUUAAAGCCUUGAUCAGAUGGCAACAUACAUUUUAAAAUAGCUUCCAUAAUCAAGUCAGAUUGUUCAUUGUUCAUUCAGUUGUUUGGCCAUCUGCUGGUUUAAAAUUGUUAGGAUUGUGAGUGCUUGCUAAUUAAUAUCCUGAGUUGUUGAGCCUUUAGGAAUUGUUUUCAAAGGAAGUUACUAUAGAAGUGACUUAAUUACAUAGUUUUAGUUUUAUUCAAUGAAUUCAUGUUAGGAUUUUGUUUUGAAGAUAAAUUGUUUUGUAGGGAUUCUUUAUCGUUUCAAGGCCAAGUCUUUCCACUCAUUUUUUUUUAUCUUGUUGACCUUAUGUACCACGCAGACAAGUGUAACAAUCUGUCACUGUUUAAUUAGCUUGCGUUUACCAAUAAUAAUGUGGCAGAUUUAUGAUGCGCCAAUCCACACCCUAAAGCAUGCACAAAGUACUACAUUAUUACCCUGGUCGGUGGAUCAGUUUGCACUUGAUUUUCAUUCUCAGCUCCCUGGGGAGUAUACUAGUUUGUGAUGCGUGGUAGCUUUAUUUCUAAAAUUCUGAAAUUCAUCCUUUCAUGUCCAUUUUAAGUCAUCUCUUUACUAAUACAUGAAGUUUUCAUAUUGUGUGCCAGAUGAACAACCUUGGCCAAGUUCUGUCGUGAGAUUGACUUUAUUAAUAUGGAAGAAUUGGGUGGUCAGUAACUCUUUUUGAGUUGUAUACAAUUAACAACAACAAAUCCUAAUGGACCAAAAUGUAAGAUAUUACAUCCCAAAUAUCUAGUAGUUAUUAAUUAUUAGGUAACAUUUUGUAUAAAGAACAGGACUCCUCAGUUACCUGUUGAUAUUAGGGUGGCAGAUCUAGUCUAGGACAUGUCUCCUUGCUCAGCUGUUGAUUAAGGUGGCAGAUCUAGGACCUGUCUCCUCGGUCAGCUGUUGCUUAAGGCGGCAGAUCUAGGACCUGUCUCCUCGGUCACCUUUUGAUUAAGGCGGCAGAUCCAGGACCUGUCUCCUCGGUCACCUGUUGAUUAAGGCGGCAGAUCUAGGACCUGUCUCCUCGGUCACCUGUUGAUUAAGGCGGCAGAUCUAGGACCUGUCUCCUCGGUCACCUGUUGAUUCAGGUGGCAGAUCUAGGACCUGUCUCCUCGGUCAGCUGUUGAUUAGGGUGGCAGAUCUAGGUAGUGUUUCCUCUCUAUGUAUAGUUACAAAGAUUAACAUAGAACUGUUAAUGUAGACUGGUAUGACAUGUUAAUACAAUGUAUAGUAAUGUACAGGGUAAUUUGACAUGCAUUUGCAAUUGAUCAUGGUUCUCACAAACCUUUAUCAUUAUCUAGAUUUAAUGUGUAAGACAUACAUGUUGCAACUGACUUGUAUUUCUUGGUGUUUUUACACUCGGUGUGUGAACUGUGCAAUUAAACAUUGUAUUAUUUAACAGUUGGAACUUGGAGAUUCAGGGUAGAUUUCUACUGAUCUACCUUGUCAGGUUGGAUUUUAAUGAUAUUUCCCAAAUGAAAUUCAUUAUGUUGAAACCAAUUUAAAACUUAUACAUACAGCAGUAAACAGUGGUUUGGGUUUUAACUACUGUACAAUGACAACACGGGUGAUUAACUUAUUUCAGUUCUAGUGUUUUAACUUAAUAUAGCAGAUAGAACAUGUCAAGGAUUGUUUAUACAAAAGUGGUUGGACCAAAUUUAUUUCUUGUUUUACAUAAUUCCUGGCUGAUAUUUUUUAGUUUUUCUGAUAAGACUUUUGAAUAAAUACCAACGCCACUAACAAAUUUUUAUUACCGAUUACUUGUAAACUCUUUGUCAUCAUGAAACUUGCUGGAAUAUUGCUGGGUUGGGCGUUAAACAACAAACAAACAAACAAACAAACAAAACUUUUUAACAUGUACAAGCCAACAUUUGAAUUAAUUUAGAUACUGAAACAAGGAAACGUUUGGUCUGGCACUGCAGUAUAUGUUUUUGAAGUGAAAGUUGAUCUGAUAUUUCAUGUAUUCUCCUUUUGUAUUUAUUGUUCAGAGAGAAGUGUUUUCUUAAUCAUUCCAAAUGUUUACAUCAUGUGAUAAUGCUGUUUUGUAAUGUUGUUAUCAUUGUUUUAGUCCUAGAACA